AUGACAAAAAUCGAAGACUUAACGCUAAAUCAAACAAAAAAAGAAAAAGAUGCCUCGAGAUCGAGUCCACAAUUGCUUUUCGGGGUCAACGAUGUUCCACCAUCCACCUACACGGCCUUUUUGGCGUUUCAGCAAUCGAUGAUCUCACUUUCCGGCUAUUUAAUGUUUCCCUUUUUGAUUAGUGAUCUCGUGUGUGCGGGUGCGGAUACAGCUAAAUUACGGGUCUAUUUGAUUGCGGCCACUUUCAUCUCUGGUGGAAUUGCCACGAUUUUGCAGAGCACUUUUGGAUUGAGAUUAGCCAUCAUUCACGGCGCUUCGUUCGCCUUUUUGCCGCCACUUUUGGCGUGGAGCAAUCUCGCUGAAAACAAGUGCAACUUGGGCCCAAAUGACGUGGUCCCAGAAGAGGAAUGGAAGGCUCGAUUGUUGACGAUAACGGGUAGCUUGCUGAUAUCGAGCUUCGUUUUCAUUCUUAUUGGAGCGAUCGGCGCUGUGGGAUUUUUCUCGAGACAUGUUGGACCGAUCACUAUCGUCCCGUUGAUGUCCCUCUUGGCUCUAUCCACUGUGCCCAGUCUUGAACGACAACUCGGAAUGCAUUGGAUAUCCAUUGUCGAGCUAUUAUUACUUUUACUAUUUGCCAUUCGUUUGGAGCAUUUCCAAGUCCCAAUCCCAUACUAUUCCCUGAAGAACAAACGAUUUCAAACAGCCAGAGCUCCACUGUUUGGACAAUUUCCGUAUCUAUUAGCUAUUGGAAUCUCUUGGUUUAUUUGUUGGUUGAUGACUAUUUUCAAUCUAAUCGACGAUCAAUCACCUGUUUCAACGAGAAGAAAUAUCACACAAGGAUUGGUGGCUGAGGCUCCGUGGAUAAAAGUACCGUAUCCCGGAGAAUUCGGUGCUCCAAAGAUCUCCACGGCUUUAUGUAUUGGUUUUUGUGCGUCAGCUUUAUCAGCAAUGAUUGAAAGUGUUGGAUCGUAUAAAAUGAGUGCCCGGGUAUCACAACAAGGAAGUCCUCCAAGGAAUAAUGUGAAUCGAGCGGUCAUUGUUGAAGGAUUGGGAAGUUUCGUAGCGGCAAGUUUGAACGUUGGAACUGGAAUCACGACGUAUGCAGAAAGUAUUGCUCUCUGUCAGUUGACCAAGGUAGCAGCUCGAAUCACUGUCCAGUUCGCCGGCGUAGUCUCGAUUUGCUUAGGAUUGUUCACCAAAUUUGCAGCCGUUUUGGCCUGUAUCCCAGAUCCAUUAAUCGGCGGUAUGCUUUGCUUGGGAAUGAGCAUGAUUGCUGGGGUAGCUCUGUCAAAUUUGAGGGUAGUCAAUCUACUUCUCACUCGAAAUCUAGCCAUUAUGGGAUUCUCCUUGUUGAUCGGCUUGACAGUGCCCCUCCAUUUUGAGACACAUCCAAUCGAUUCGGGUCAUUCAACCCUUGAUCAAGUGCUAAACAUGUUAUUGAGCAUAAAAAUGUUGGUGGGAGGAUUGAUCGCGUUCACGUUGGACAAUGUGAUGCCGGGAGCCUCUCGAACCGAUCGAGGUCUUGCCGAUGAAGGAGAGGAUGAUGGGCCAUUGGAUGGAUUCAAUUUACCAGAUUUCCUGGACAGAGCUUUCCAAGCGCUUCCCUUCUUGCGUCGUCUGCCGUUCAUUCCAUCGAAAAGUCACCGAUUGCUUAACUCUAAUGGAGGAAAAGAUACAAAUGUA